GCAGCCCCAGGGGCCGGAGCCGAGCCAGCCGUCGGGGCUCCCACCUGGGCUUCGGCCAGCCGUGCCCGGAGCUCCGCCGUCCGCCACCAUGGGCAACGCGGAGGAGACGGGUCGGUAGCGCGGGCGGUUCGGCGGGGCCGGGCGGGGCGGCGGGGCUGUGCCGGUGGCCGAGAGCCCCGGGCUGCGGGCGGCGGCCCGGGGGGAACGCGGAGCCGGAGAAAGUAGGGGCUGCGCAUGCAGCGGCGUGGCAACGAUUGCUCGGCGGGUGCUCGGUGUCCUGCAGUUCUCGUAGCCUGCAUGCCUCAGGGAAACAGGUAGCGGUUUUCCACCUUAACAAGUUAAGGGUGGCACCAGCCGAACGUCUUAUUUUCUUGUCUCCAUUAUCCGGACCUUGACCGCAUAAACAAGAAUUCACAGCACAGUGCGUAGCGCAGGGUCUCUUGUUCCUCGGAGACUCCAGGCUUGCCUAUCUGCUAAGGAUAAAAUCUCAUUUCUGCAAUUCAUUGCUUGCCUGGAGGCUGCAAAUGUCACUGCCCAGCUGCUGCUUCUCUGCGGGGGAAUGCAGUUUAUGUGGAAAAGUGUCGUUUCUACCCUGAAUUAUGUGCUGCAAAAACAUUGCAUGUCAGGGGGUGCUUUGCUACACUCACACAACAGUUAAAUGUGCUCCAUUUGCUGGGCAUCCGUGCCCUGGCCUUCCCAUCUCACACCUACCUGUCUGCUGCCUUAGAAACCUUACCCUGAGCAGGCAGUUUUCUCCCCAGCAAUUUACAGAACACAGGCAUGCAGCGUGCACAUGAACAUGGCAGGUUGGCUGUGUGCUCAGAGCUGCUUUUGCAGCGUUUCUGGUCAUGUGUUGUUAACUCAGUUUAGACCCCGUGGAAAAUCCCAAAUUCACGCUGAUCUCUAUUUCAUUUGGACUUCUUUGUUGAUAAUCUUCUUACCUUACCACCUCCUAUUCCCAAUUCCUGUAACAGCACUCCCAAAAUUCAGUUUCUUUGACCAAAUAGUUGAGUGCAAAUAUGAUGCUUCUGAAACUCCCAGAAGAUGCCGGUUUCUGCCCCUAAGCACACAAACACCUUUUCAAGUUAGGUUUGCUGUCACUCAGAAAUGUAAACCUUGGACUGAAACUAUUUGAAGUACUUUUAGAAUGACCAGAGCCAGCAGCUGGACCUGCAGCACAUCCAAAGGGAGAACAGAUGGCAACUGAUUUAGUGAAUUCUGUAACACACUCUAGUUUAUGAACUGAGUUUUCAGGACCUGAGGCUUAAUCCUGCCAAGGGGAUGAAUGCUUCCAGUUUGAGCAGCUGUUAAAGGUACUCCUUUCCACUACUGAGCGAGUACAAAAGAAAACAAAACCAAAAAAACACCAACCAAGCCAGAACCCCAAGGGGGUUCUGUGGGAGAAAGGCCAAAACUCAAAACAUAAGGGAAAUUCCUGCCUUUCUCAGGAUAGUCCAGAAUUAUUUAAUCUUCUCAGUAUCUCUCAAAACAUGAGCAUCUGAAAAAGGUGCCCAAAGAGCUGGGACUGGGAAUCUCAAUCCACACCGAACACUGGCAGAGUUGGUCUGGAGAUCCACUAGACUAGUAAGAGUUUCAAGUUUUCUUCCAGCUGACUCUCCGUGCGUAAUGCCACGGUACUCCUGUUCAUCCUGCACAGGUACAGCCAACAUUCCCAGCUCACACCUCCAUUCUCCUUACCUUAGUGGUCUCUGUGCCAAGCUAUUUUCCUCAUUGCUAUUUUCUCUUGGAGUCGCUAGAACAGCCUCCAAUGGCCUUUCUACUCACAGCAAGAUGUUAAGGAGCCUUUCUUUAUGCCAGUGUUUUUAUAUGGGCAGUGAAUCAAAGGAUGAGCAGUCUUCACCUAUAAAAAAGUCAAGAGACAUCAGUCUGAAGCCAGCCCCUACAAAAUGACUCUGCAGAUUCUAACUGAUUUAAUGCCUGUCCCCAUCACAUUGCCCUAGAGGUUAUCUUCAAGAAUUUUUGGACGCAGGCCAUGUUAGUUAGCAUUCAUAGUCUUCUGACUCACGAUUUGACACACACUCUGCAGCAACUGAAAGGAUAUCUGACUAACUGGGUGAGGACAUCUAACCUGUAUGCAGCACUAAAGUGUGAAAACAAUGGAAGCGCACUCAAGGUCAAUGUGGUACCACAGUUUUGGGGAUAUGUAAUUAGAGCAGAAUGUUCUGUGAACUUCAAAGCUUCAAUUACAAGUUAUGAAAUUCAGGACAGGGGAAAGAAGCACUCAAAGCUGUGUAUUAGAAUUUCCCAGAUCUCAUUUCCCCAGAAAGAAAAUACCCACUGUUUUGUCAUGCAGCAAUUUCAGACAAACUCUUGCCAAAUAAGACUAAGAUAACCAUUUCUUACCACUCCAUGUUUCAGUGUCAGUCAAACCUUGUAGAGAUUUGUCCCGUAAUGUCUGAUAAACAAACAAAUCCAACUAAUUCAAGUACAUAACCUGCAAAAUUAGUGUGACAUUUCCCAGGACUCAGCUCCAAUGUAGGGCUCCCCAAGGCCUUCCCUGAGACUUUUUUCUACGUAUCUUUCAAGAUAGCAAUGCUCUGGUGGGUUUCGUUCAUUUGUUUGUUGUUGGUUGUGGUGUUGUUUUGUUUGUUUUGGGUUAUUUGUUCUGAGGUGAGGUGCAAGCUCUGUCUUUCCCAGGUAGCAUCUACAUUUCAUUUUCCCAUACAAGCCUUUCAUUUAGUUUUUAUAACCCAGUGUCCUAGGAUUUCUGGAAGGAUAACUUUUCUUGACUGGCUGUUGUUCAAAUCAACUGACUUCUGACACCAAUUUGUGAUAUUUUUUCUGCACAAGGUCAGACUUACAGAAAAACUGGAAGGAUGAACAAAAUCUGUGCAGCAUGUGGUAUUAUAUUUCCAGAAAGUAAAUAUUGAUUACUGUUGACAUUACUUUUCUUGUAGGCUAUAUCCAGAUCUUUUCUCCAACUUAACAGGAAUUAAAACAGUGUUGACCCAAAGGGCAGAACGUCAUUCCAAAGAAGGAUCACAUACAACUCUACAGAAUAGACUGUUGGUUGGUAUGCCCUAGAAAAUGUAUGCAGAAAGUAAUAGAAAAUCAUACUAUUUAAUACCUACUAUGUUGAGGGUUAACGCAUAAAGAGAAGAAGGAAGAGUUGUGUCCCAUCCUUUUAAUCUUCGUUUUAAAAUUUUCAUUCUUUAGGAUGACAUACAAAAAUCCCACCAAUUUCUGAAGUAAGAAAGGAGACAUAAACAACAUAAAAGUUUUGCCUGUUUCUAUAUUCUCAGGAAUACUAAAUUUUAUUUUUACUUCUGUUGUUAUUAUCUCUAGACUAAGUCGAGAUAUGGCUAUAGUGUAGCACCAAGUAGAGAUACUGGAGCUCUCUUUGAACAGGCUAGGGCAUGUACCUGUAUCAGUGUAGACAUGGCUGCACAGAGCUCUGAGUGGCCUAAUUACUCUGCCAAGAAAUAAAUGGAUGCCUGGAAAUCCCUGGGGAAAGAGGUGGUUGAAUUGUUAACAAAAAAGUUUUCCCCUGAGGCACGUUAGUUAAAUAGGCGUUAACAAGAGCCAAAAAACUCCAAGCUCCAACCUUAGAAUAAAAAUGCCUUUGUCCUUUGGUAGAUCUGAUGUCCCAGGUCUUCCAAUCUUCCUGCUGCCUACUGAGACAUAAGAGAGAAGGGAUUUCAGUAUCUGGUGGAAAAGCAAAACAACUCAAAACAACUCCCCCCAACUUCAAUCUAUACAUCAGAUCACCUUAAAACUAUAAAAACAAAAGUCUUUCUCGUCUGGAAAUACACAAAACUCUCCUGGUGGUGAUGGCAGGGUGGGUCAGUCCCCUGAACUCAGUACAUUCUGAGCUGAUGCUUAAAAUGCCUGUGAAAAUGUUGAGACUAAGGAGAAAAAAAUAAAUGAGAGUAAGACUUGGGGGAAGGAAAUUUGCAUAAUUUCUUCUCCCACUAAUCUUUCCUCACACACAGGAGAAUAUUGUCAUUUCUGUUUUUUUUUUUUUUUUUUUUUUCUGUUACAUGAGGAUGUAUAUACCAAAUGCCCAUAUAUACCACAUAUAAACUGUGGGCACAUGGCUGCAACAUCACUACAGUGGCUCAGCUGGUCAAGUCAAACGUAUGUUUCAACAGCGUAUGCUCCUAGGCAUGCUUGGAUCACAUACUGAGUGGCACCCACAUCAUGGACAUGUAUAGAGGAAGGCAAAGAAGGAACAGAGGUGAAAAUCCCACAGAGUCACCAAGAUGUGAUGUCCAAUGAUGAGCAGUAAUUACUGCGGCAACACUUCAGCCAGCAUGAGCGUCAAUGAAAUGUCUGCCUUCCCUCUGACUUUGGAGCAAAAAACUGGUUUCGCCUUUGUGGGGAUUUUGUGUGUUUUCUUAGGACUUCUAAUUAUCAGAUGCUUCAAAAUCUUGCUAGACCCCUACAGUAGUAUGCCUUCUUCUACAUGGGAAGAUGAAGUUGAGGGGUUGGAUAAAGGGACAUUUGAAUAUGCUCUUGCAUGAAAAGUCAUAUGAUAUCCUGCCUUAAAUUUGAUGUUGAUUUCAUUUUGGAAACCAACUGUAACAUUUGUUACACAUGCAUACAUACAUUUUGGAGAUGUGUUGGUAUCUGUGGCGUUCAUUUUGUUAAAUAAAUGUUUGUUGCAAACUCAGAA